AACUAAAUAAGGAAAUGACGUCGUUGGAGAAACAUUCGGCAGCAUUUCCAAGCUACAUACGUUAAGCGGUUAGAAGAGGGACCGUGCUUCGCAGCUACGUGGUGUCAUGAUUGGGGAGCUGUAGUGAUUUGUGAAGGACGCUAACUAACCAACUCUGUGAGACGGGAUGGUGGACACGGUAGAGGACGAGACGGCCUUCUACUCGAAAGCCGAGCGCUACUGGCAGGAGGUCCCGCCCACGGUGGACGGAAUGCUGGGGGGGUACGGCAACAUCUCCAACAUCGACAUCAGCGGCUCCAAAAAGUUCCUGCAGAAGUUCCUGGGGGAGGGCAAGGGGAAGACGGGCACGGGGUGCGCUCUGGACUGCGGGGCGGGGAUCGGACGCAUCACCAAGCGCCUGCUGCUGCCGCUCUUCCGGACGGUGGACCUGGUGGACGUCACGCAGGAGUUCCUGGACAAGGCCAAGCCCUACCUGGGCGAGGAGGCCAAGCGGGUGGGGAACUUCUUCUGCUGCGGCCUGCAGGACUUCCAGCCCGAGCCCGGCCGCUACGACGUCAUCUGGAUCCAGUGGGUCAUCGGUCACCUGACGGAUGACCACCUGGUGGAGUUCCUGCGGCGUUGCCGUGGCGGCCUGCGGCAGGAGGGGCUCAUCGUGGUGAAGGACAACGUGGCGUACGAGGGCGUGGUCCUGGACGAGGUGGACAGCAGCGUGUGCCGGGACCUGCCGCUGGUCCGGGCGCUGGCCCGUCAGGCAGGCCUGCAGAUCGUGUUCGAGGAGCGGCAGGAGAACUUUCCGGAAGAAAUCUACCAGGUCCACACCCUGGCCCUCAGAUAAAGAGAGAGAGGGGGCAGGAGGGGGGGACAGAGAGGCAGAUGGGGGGGAGGUCUGAAAGGAAAUGCUGUAGUAGUUCAGAAACUCAACGUUUUCACAGCAGUCUGAGAGCCCUACCACCUCUGUGUGAGUGAGAGUGUGCUUGAGAGUGAGAGUGUGAGAGUGAGAGUGUGCUUGAGAGUGAUAGUGAGAGUGUGCUUGAGAGUGAGAGUGAGAGUGAGAGUGUGAGUUUGAGUGGUUCUGUACCUGUUUGAGGGCCUGCAAACAAAUGCAUUCUCUCCAUGCACAUCUGUACGCGUGUGCUUGUCGAGUAAUGUGUCCACUGAUGUUGGUCAGCAGUUGUGCCCAUCAGUCUGCUCCUAGUCUUGUCUUGUGUGUAUUCAGGACAGGUAUGUGUGAGUGUGAGAGGAAGGGGUUGGCUCUGUGGUUAAUUCACACACGUAUCCUGGGACUGCCACACAGGACCUACCUCUGGGGAGCUGCCGGAAUGUUCUCUGACCGACGGGAGCGAGAAUGCGGAAAUUCCCGUUCCGCCUCGGGUACGCACACGCGGAUUCCGAAACACGAGAGCGCUCCAACGCGAGAGAGGAAACGCAUUGUACUGUACUCCGUGCGUGUGGAUAAUGCAGAGCAGCAGGAAAAUGAACACGUCAAAAGAGCCUUUUAACUCCCGUUUACAUCAGAGUACAGAGGUCUGCUAUUUAGAUACUGGUUCUAGUGGAUUCAGAAUUAUAACAACUUUUUAUCAUUUUUGUGUGUGUGUGUGUGUGAAUGGGGUUCAGGGGAGUUGAAUAAGUUAUCAGAGGAUGUGUCAAAUUCAGAAAACGUUCACAGUGACGUGUGCUUAUUGAUUUGCUGUCUGACAUUGAAUGUACAAUGUAGUGAAUCUGUACAUAAAGCCACACAGAAGACGUCCA